GAUCAGCCACAGCAUGGAGGAAACUGUGGCCGGACCAAUUAUGAGGGUUCUGUGCUUCAGUGAAGGCCUGUGCUUUCCCCCACCAGCAUGCCUUUACUUAUUAUUAUUUUCAAGGCAGUGUAAACCACAUUGAGGGGGGCUAGGUGAGGGAAGCAAGUGUCAGUUGGGGGAUUGAGGAACCCUGGCUGUGAGCUCUACUCUGUAGAGAUGCUUUGGAAAGCUUUCACUCCACUUCUCUUCCUUGUCUUGCUACAGAACCAAGGAACACCAGGUUCUGAUAUGAGCAUAAAUGUCAUCAUGGGAGAUAGAAUCCAGUUACAGCCAAAUUGGAGUCAGCAGUAUUCAAACAGUUCAAAAUUCACUUGGUUUGUGGAACUAUCUUCAAGUAAGCAAACAUUUACGAUACUGAGUUGGAAAACAGCUGCAAAGGUGAAAUAUGAAGCUGAUCAAUUCAAAAACAGAGUCCAUGUCAGGCCUGACAACUUGACUUUAUUCAUUAACUCAGCUCAGAAGAAUGACAGUGGUUGCUACUACAUGCAAAUCACCAGUCAAUCAGGACAAACUUUUAAGUCUACCUCAUUCCAGGUUUCCGUGUUUGAUCCUGUCCAAGCUCCACAGAUCCAGGUGACUGGAAAAUCAUGGAAUAAUACCUUGUGCCAUGUGAACUUGUCCUGCUUUGUUCCUGGGAACAGUAAUUUGGUAUACACUUGGCACAGAGGGAGAGAACAAAUUAAAACCUCAGGGAAACAUAUCCAUGUACAGCUCUAUAUCCAAGCCAACACAGAGAAUUUUUAUUCUUGUAAUGCCAGCAACCCAGUUAGCUCAGCAAGCCAUGCUAUCAAUCUUACCCAGGCAUGUGCUAGCCCAGAUUACAGAACAAUCCCAGUAUUGUUUCAGGUUUUGCGUUUUUUUGUGAUUCCUCUCGUCAUACUGAUUCUCAGCACCCUUGUCUGCCUGUAUGUGAUAAGGAAGAGGAAGAGGAACUCAGCAGCAGAUACGAAUAGUACGAUUUAUGCUAAAGUUGGUCAUGAUAAACCCCGGAGAAAUCAGGUACAGAAUAACUGUGGAACACAACAAGGAAACACCAUCUAUUCUCUAAUGCAAUUUCCAGAACAGCAACAUUUUCCCAAUCAAGUAAACUCCAACUCAUCCCAACCAGUUACUAUCUAUCAAGAGGUCCAGAAAUUCAAUCGACUGUCUAGCAAGGAGGUGGAGAUUUUCCAGUUCCAUUCUUAAUAAUGACAGCUACUAUCUGAAAUGAAUAUAUUGUUGAAGCAUUUUGAGAGCUAAGAGAUUUGGUAAUAAAAACAGCUCAUAUUUUAUAGGUCUUGCAGGUUUACAAAGCUCUCUGUUCACAUCAAUCAUAUGAUGAAAAGAGUGCGAAGACUGCACAAAUAUUCCAAUAGUUUACAACCUUAUCAAUGUGGACAGUCUCUCCAGUGAUGUGGAUCACCAUUCAUUUUUGCCUGCCUAUUUUGUGUGACACUUUAAUCUAAUAUCAGGGGGUCCAUCUCACAUGCUGGGGGACUUCCUGGAUCUCACAUCACAAGAGUACAAAUGGCAUACAAAGCUAUCAUCCUAUUAUCCCCUUGUCCACAAGCCUAACCCAUGUUCCUUUUCAAACAUAAACUUUGUUGUUGACAUU